UGCUGGAAUUCCAUUUCUGUGACAUUGUAUUUGAUAUAGACACACACAAAAUAGCUUUUAAUUCGUUCAGUUUUAAGUCAAUAUAGAAGUAAAAAAUUUGCUUUCAUUCAUAAUAAGAAAAUUUUAUUUCUUUUAAAUAUACCGAUAAAUUAUUUCAAAUUUUACAAAGAGAACUUAUUUUAGCAUUAUUAGCAGUUGUUGAUAUAUUUUUCAGGUAAAACAAGUCGACUGCAAUGUUUGCCGCCAUCAAAACUGUAAUCGGUAAAAGCUUAAAAUUCGAAGUUCGCUCCGUAAAGAAAACUCUUGCAGAAAUAGUUAUUAUAAUAAUUUUUUAUUUACUCGCCGUACUAUUUCCCACAACUCCAAGGGUCAUUAAAGAUUUGACCGAUGAAGAUCUUGAAAGAAUUGCGAUCUACGAUGAAAGAGAAUUGAAUACUUUAAAUGAUUUGAGAGCUUUAUUGGAAGCAGAUGGAAAACCAGUUCCAACAAAUCUUUUAUAUACGCCAGAGGAUGCGACUGUUAGCAAUAUAAUGGGAGAAGUAAUAAAAAAAUUGGGACUAACGGAAGCAGAACCAUUUAAAACUGAAAGCGAAAUGAUGAACAAAUUCGAUGAAAAUACAACUUUAGCUGCCGUACAGCUGAACUCCGUAAAUAAUACUCUUCUAGAAGUUUACUUACGCUUUCCCAGUGAGUUUCGAACACUAAAAACUGAACAUGAAGGCAUGGAACUAUGGACAACGCGCUGUAGUGGCAUGCUGGUAUCGCAUGUAGAAAAUAAAAAUAACGAGCAAGAUGACUUAUAUUACCGAGAAGGUUUUAUUCAAUUACAACAUCAAAUAUUUCUUCAAUGGUUAGCCAAAGUGCAUUUGAAAGAAACUCCAGUAAAAGUUGCAAUACGAUCAUUUCGUCAACAUACCAAUUGGAAAGCCUGCUCCUUCAUCAAAUCCAAUAUAAUGAUGUUCUCGUAUAGUUUCUCAUUCUUUUUACCAUUUUUAAAUCUGGUUUGGAGAUACGGUCGAGAGCGAGAAGAGAAUAUUUUAGCGCAUCAUUGGAGAUAUGGAUUUGAUUAUGCCAACUAUUGGGCGGGCAAUUGCUUUGUUUCGUUUUUUCACUUGGUGGUAUUGGAUGUAAUCGUUAUUGCUAUCACACUGCUACCAUUUGAUGGCAAAUUCAGGUGCAGCAUAGUCUGGUUGAUACUUUUCCUAAUGUCUUACAAUGUUGCACUCUUGAUCUCUGCCGUUUUCAUGGUCUCAAUUUCCACAAAAGCUCUGCACGCCGUUUUGUUCGCUGCUGUCACCUGGUUAACUAUGUAUUCAUUAUUCUCAAUUCUGGUGGAACAUUAUACAAAUAUGACAACGAUUUUAGUCAUUUGUUUUAUUGGAUUCUUUAACAAUGGAUUUGCAUAUGGCAUGCGAGAAUUACAGGAAGGAGAUGACAUAUUUCAUCCAGCCAUAACGAUGCUUGCUUGCUGUGCAUUUUAUUAUAUAUUAAUUUCCAUCGCCGAGUACUUCAGUCCGGGACCCUAUAUAAAAACAUUACCCUUUAGCUUAUGUUUCUCCGGACACUGUUUGAGCACCAUGAAUAAGCCGGCUAAAGCUCCGAAUGCCAAGAAACACAAUAUUGUCAUACUUGAAAAACCAAUAAUAUGGGAAAAUUUUGAAUUUGGAACUAUAAGUAGUGUUGAAAUAAUGCGCUUAAAAAAUAUUCACACUAAAUAUAAUUCAGGAAGGAUACAGCUCAAGAACAUUACGAUGCGCAUAUAUUCUAAUGAGAUUACUGUCUUAUUUGGACCCCAUUGUUCGGGAAAAACUACAAUUAUACAAAUAAUGGCCGGUUGGAAGCGACCUAUUUUGGGGCAAAUACAAGUCGAGCAUAAUGAUUUAUAUGAACAUUGGAAUGAGUAUCGUCAUUAUAUUGACGUUUGCAUGCCGAACAAUGCGCUAUUCGACUUGUUAACUGUGGAGGAGACAUUAAUUUAUUAUAUGCGGAUUAAGCAAACCGAAAAGGAUAAUCAGAAAAUAGACAUGGAAUUAGAUAAUUUUUUCGAAUCGGUAAGAGCAGCUCGAAUAGAACGUAAGACAAUGGUGAACAAAUUAAGCUAUAGCCAAAAACGUUUUGUAAGUUUGGGUUGCGCCCUCGCUGCUGGUACAAAAAUCGUGUUGCUUGACGAGCCGACCCUUCAUAUGAAAGGUAGAGAUCAGCGCUUGUUUUGGCAUAUUUUACAUAAAGAAAAGUACGGCCGUUCCAUAGUGUUGACCACUUUCGACGUUACUGAAGCUGAAGCUGUUGGUGAUCGGAUCGCGAUGCUUGGCGAAGGCGCGCUUUUAACCUAUGGCACUCCAUUCUUUCUUAAAAGUAAAUUUGGUGUUGGAUGUGAUUUGAUAAUCGUUAAAUCAGCGACAACUUCGACAGAAGCAAUUACCGAAUUAAUUGGAAGAUUUAUACCGGGUGUGAUACCGGAGAAUGAAAUUGGAGAGCUACUUUACUACAAACUGCCACUCGAUAUGCGGCCCAAAUUUCAAAAUAUGCUGAUACAUUUAGAAAAGGAGCAAAAGAAUUUGGGUAUAAUUGAUAUGCGAGCGCUGAGCAGUGAAAUUACGGAAAUCUAUAUGACAAUGGGAACGCGCAAAACGAAACAAGUCAUAAGUCAUAGUGAGAAAAAAGCUACUUACGAUUUUGUCUCUCCGAAGCAACUUGGAAAACAACAAAUAUACGCAUUAUUGAACAAAAAACUCAUACAUCAAGCACCGAAUUUUGUACCCCUCAUAACGAUUGGUGUAUCAUUCCUUUUCAUACUUUUAAUAGCGAUUAUGGGCAGACAUAGUUUACAUGUACCACCGACACGUUACAAUCCCAUAGAGUUGGGUGCUACGAAAGAUGUGGAUUUAAGUGCAUUCAAAGAUUGUAAAACUAUUCAAAUCUUUAAUCCUAUUAAAGAAAGACAAAAAGGAUCGAACGCAGAUUCGUUAAGAUUUGAUCAAAAUUCUCUUCGUUGCCUUAAUGUUGGUUAUGAAAACUAUUUAAAGAAAUCAGUACAGAUAGGAGACAAAUAUGGUGCAGUGGAACUCAAUGGGGAUAAAUACACGUGCUGGAUUAAUCAACGCAUAUUUCAUACUGCUCCACUCGUCUUGAAUUUAAUGCACAAUAUUUAUUUGUCCAAUCAGAUUAAUAACGUAAAAGCCAUCACUACCAUCACCAAUCAUCCCAAGCAUACGCCGUUAAGCUACAAAAUUCACUUGCUAGAUCAAGAGAAAACCCACUUGCUGCUACCAAUGGUUUUAGGAAUCGCUAUACCCAUAUCGAUCGCUUGCUUCAUUGUACCGGUUGUGGAGGAACGAAAGUAUCAUUUGUUGACUUUACAAAAAAUAGCCGGAGUGAAGAUGUCACGUUACUGGUGUGUCAAUUUUCUAUGGGAUUAUAUUACAUUCUUUUCCUAUUCCAUCGUUUAUACAAUUAUACUCGCCCUAUCGCCAAUUGAAGGUUAUUCAUUCUUAGAUAAAAUAUAUGCAAUGAUGUUAAUGAAUAUCUACGGCAUACCCGGCUUAGGUCUAAUCUAUGUUUUUUCUUUAUACUUUUACACGACAUUGUGGUCUGCAUUUCUGAUAGCGCUUUUAUUUCAAGUUGGAACAGGCAUAUUUUCGUAUAUUGUAUAUUGGAAUGUUUUGCUGAACAAUGAUAUAUUCUUUUAUGUUUGGGCAAUAUUCCCCACUUUUUCCCUCAUGGAAGGCAUAAGCAAUGUUUAUGUUCAAACUAAGGAGGUUGUUUACUGUGAUCAAGCUUGUGAGGAGGAAGAUGAUUGCGAUAAGAACAAUAUAUGCUCCACUUUGCCUCAAUGCUGCCAUGUUUCAACGAUUUUUAAAUUUGAGGAUCCUGGAAUUUUGGUUGCUAUAAUAUACAUGCUAUCCUCUGCUGUAUUUCUAUUUAUUGCACUCUGUAUUAUAGAAUUGAGAAGAUCCCGUAAGAUGUUUACAUCCAAACGAGACGUUAAAACUCUUCAUUCCGCAACACAUCCUUACGAUGAUCGUGAUGUCGUGGAUUUAAAGCAAUAUGUAGCCCAACAGGAUCUACAAAGUAGUCUAAAAAAACGUUUUAUGGUUGAUCAGUUGGAAUAUAAAAUUCAAAAGAAAGUUAAAUCACUGGAUACCAUUUCAUUCGUGGUUGAUGAGGGUCAAUCUUUAGCUAUAUUUGGCACACGUCAUAGCGGAAAAUCACAUGUGGCUGGUCAGCUUGUCGGUCAAACCACUUUCGCCUUCGGUGAUAUAUUUGUUGACGGCAUCGAAAUGAAAUACGAGGCGAAGAAAGCACUUAAAAGAAUGUCGUUUGUACCCCAAGACCACGGCCUAUGGGAAACUUUCACACCAAGAGAAAUUUUACGUUUCUUUUGCAUGCUACGCGGUAUUGAACCAAAUGAUAUCAAAGGUGUGCUACGCGAUCUGUCACGUGCCUUUAUUAUGGGUAGCUAUAUGGAUAAGCCGAUUCGUGGGCUCAGCGUUGAUCGGCGUCGCAAAGUUAAUAUAGCACUCGCUAUGAUCGCUCAUCCAACAGUUAUAGUAUUAGACGAGCCCACACGUGGACUAACACCACGUGUCUGUCGUGAAAUAUGGAAUGUUUUACGAUAUAAACGUUUUUCGGGCAAAACCAUCAUAUUCACAUCAUCCAAUGCAAUUGAAUUAGAGGCAUUAGCUGAUCGCGUACUUAUCUACAAUGAAGGUGAGAUGUGGGCGUUCGGCAAUGCUCAGUACCUGCGGAGUAGAUAUACAAAGGGCUUUUAUCUAGACGUGAGAUUAAAAAUUGACGGCGCAACGGCGGAAGAAGCCAGAGAUAAUUUAUAUAAAGAUUCCGAAAAUUUAGUUCGUUUUGUUACUUUCUUGCAUGAGGAUUCUGAAUUACAGGUGCGCAUCGAUAAUUGUUUUAAAUUUUAUUUGCCAGUCCCAAUCGUCAGUUACUCAUUUCUGUAUGGUUCGAUGGAAAAAAAUAAAAGGCGUCUGAAUAUUGCCGAAUAUGGCGUUAGCCAAGGUACACUGCAUGAUGUUUUCAACGCAAUCGAAGCCAAUCGAAAUGUACAAUAAUUUUUAAAAUCAUAUAUGUAUAAAUUAAUUGCACUCUCGGCUACUAUGGAAAAUUAUCUUGUGUUUUUGUAAUUCAUAAUUAUAUGUACUUAAAAAUAAUUCAUUCAAUAAUAACAUUUAGUCAUAUUCAUAAAAAUUUAA